UUGUCUCUGCUUGGAAUCCUGCUGGAACACUAGCACUACCUGAAAUUACUACUAUCCCGGUUUGGCUUACACUGAAGGAUAUUCCCCAUCAGCUUUACUCUAAAAAGGGAAUAAGCUGGAUAGCUUCGGGUAUAGGUGCUCCAAUGCUUACAAGUAGGCCUUGGCUUGAUCCCAUUCUUAUGGGCGAGGCAAAAGUACUUGUAGAGGUUAAGCUGGAUAGACCUUUCCCACAACGAGUUGCUCUUGAAGAUGAGGAUGGGUCAGUAUCUAUGGUCACUGUUAUCUACUCAUGGCUCCCAUCCAAAUGUCCAAAAUGUGGACAGUUAGGACACAAGACUCCAAGAUGUCUUGGUCUUCCUCCUAUCCCUGUUUUUAAAGAUAGUCGCUUCGUUGAGCCGCCACAAACUCGUACACCUCUUAGUCCUCCUGUCACUGAUCCGAUACAUCAUGGAUCAAUUCUGGUAACUGAAGCACAAAUGACUUCACAUGCUCUUUCAAUUGAUGCCCAAGGAUGCAUUUUACUAGAUCAAGAGAGGAAUGACGAGAUCCCGUCAAACGUGCCAUCUAAAGCUACUGCAUACAAUACUGAUGCAAAUGUCUCAACCCUCCAAAUAACCCAUUCUGCCUCAAUGGAAACUGAGGCUGUCCCUCCUAUAAGUUCACCAGCAGAUAACUCCACAGCUACUAACGCUUCACCAUCUGAUAUAGCAUGUGUUCCUGAAACUACACAAUUGAACACUGAUUCUGGUUUCAGUGGAAACAUCACUACAUCAACUUCUGUUUCACCUUCUUCUUCUGCUCCUUUAGACUUUGCUACUGCAGGUACACUGUCGCUUUCUACCCCUGUGGUGGACUUUAAAUGUAAAUCCAGUGUAGAUGGCAUCCGAGAUAGUUGCUUGCAGUUAAGUGAUGCCCAAGGAUCAAACAGGUUUGCUAAUCUAGCCAUGUUAGAAGAAGACAUACAGCUGGAUGUUGUGACCUCCCCCUCUCAACCUCUGUCACCAUCAGUCAAAACCAGCGCUCAAUUUGUUUUUAACUCUUCCCUGCCCUCAACGCCACCUUCAUUCUCAGACUCUUUUGUUGACAAUGUUGUGGCUUCAAGUUCCGAUAGUUUCGAUAUGGUGCAAAGAUCUCGUGGAGGUCGCUGCUUAAAACCAUCUCAGAAGCUAAAGGAUAUGGAAUGGUGCACUAUCAGUGGGAAAGGAAGGCGUGGAAGAGGUACUACUCCUUACAGUCGUCGAUCUCACUAA